AUGACCGCCCCGGUUCUCCCCAUUGUACAUGGCGAUUCCGACGAAACGACCACCUCGAGAACAGCGGCGGCCAUUCAGUCCAUGCGCACUGCCGUGGCGAUCCCAGAGACCGAGCUGAAGCGGUGGAGGCGCAUAUUCGAUGCGAAUGCCAAAACGGUGAAUGGUGAGAAAUUCUUGGACCAGGACAGCUUCGUCAAUGCCAUUGCACCCAAGAACGACCUCACGAAAAUCGGGCGCGCUCAGUUCGGGAUACUGUUCCGUAUUGCGGACACGGCCAGGAGGGGGGUAGUCUCUUGGGAUGAGUUCACGGUGUUCGAAACGAUGUUGAAGCGACCGGACGCCGAUUAUUGGAUGGCAUUUCAGUACUUUGAUGUGUUCGUACAACAAACAUCUCUCAAAUGCACAAUUCUUAUAACCGACGGUUUCUGCUUGAACAGCGACCAUGACGGGUACAUCACUUACGAUGAAUUCAAGAAUGUCUUUUCCGCCAAUAUUGGCUCGGAAGCUAUUCCCUUCGACUUUGACUGCGAUUGGGUGAAAUUGUACCUCGGCAAGAAGAACGGCGCUCAUGUCCUAGGCUACAAUGAAUUCACGCAGCUGAUGAAGGGAUUGCAAGGCGAACGUCUUAGACAGGCGUUCAAGUAUCUAGAUGCGGACCAAGAUGGGUUUAUCAAACCAGACCAAUUUAAACGUAUUAUUUUGGAAAUUGCUGGCCACAAACUUUCCGAUGCUGUCAUAGAACGUUUACCUACCCUUUGCACUCUGAGCCCUGGCCAGAAGAUAUCUUAUUCAGAAGUAAUUGCUUUCCAUAAUGUUAUUAGAGAGAUGGACAUGGUUGAGCGUAUUAUCCGCGAAGCCACGGCCAAGAGUAGAGACGGACGUAUAGACCAGUCCGACUUCCUUAACCACUCUGCUUCAAGCUCGCGUUAUUCCCUAUUUACCCCGAUGGAGGCCUCCAUCAUCUUCCACUUCGCAGGACGGGGCGUCUCGCAACAGCGUCUUGCGCUCUUGGACUUUGCCCAACUACUGGAUCCCCGAUGGAGGGCACCACAUGAAGAGUUCGAGACAAAGACCCCGUCAUCAACAUCCUUCCUCGAUUCUACCUUGGCAUCGGCGUAUAGUUUCGGACAGGGAGGUAUUGCUGGAGCGUUUGGUGCGACGAUUGUGUAUCCUAUAGACAUGGUCAAGGUAUGUCACCAUUUGUGGAUGAUGAUCAUAUUUGCUGGACUAGAACGCCAAUUUCCUAGACACGGUCAGAUGCAAAAUCAGCGAAGCACUGUUGUCGGACAACUACUGUACAAGAAUAGUAUCGAUUGCGCGAAGAAGAUAUUUCGCAAUGAAGGUUUCCUAGGUUUCUAUCGCGGACUGGGUCCUCAACUUAUCGCAAGUGCACUCGCCGGUGUCGCCCCGGAAAAGGCUAUCAAACUCACUGUCAAUGAUCUCAUCCGAGCCCGAGCUAUGGACCCUGAAACGGGGCGGAUCAAGCUUGGGUGGGAGCUGUUUGCAGGAGGCAUGGCUGGCGGGUGCCAAGUCGUCUUCACAAACCCGCUGGAGAUUGUAAAGAUUCGCUUACAGGUCCAGGGUGAGGCUGCUAAAGCCGAAGGUAUCGUACCGAGGGGCGCAGUCCACAUUAUUCGACAACUAGGUAUCUUCGGGCUUUACAAGGGAGCGAGCGCCUGCUUGCUCCGAGACAUACCAUUCUCUGCGAUAUAUUUCCCCGCGUACUGGCAUUUGAAAAAGGAUGUCUUCCAGGAGGGAUACAACGGAAAGAAGCUGUCCUUCGUGGAGACACUAGCAUCGGCGGCCAUUGCAGGAAUGCCAGCCGCAUACCUUACUACCCCAGCAGAUGUCGUGAAGACUCGAUUACAGGUCGAAGCACGCAAGGGUCAAGCGAAUUAUCAGGGUCUUCGAGACGCAUUUGUCAGAAUCUAUCGCGAAGAGGGAUUCCGAGCGUUGUUCAAGGGUGGCCCAGCGCGCGUCAUCCGUAGCAGUCCACAAUUUGGAUUUACCUUGCUCGGCUACGAGGUAUUGAAGGAUUAUCCAUGGGCCGAGAAACCACUGCAAGUUCAGACUGCGCUAACGUCUCAGAAGGACGACAUGUCGCGCAUCCGGGCCCGGAAUGCACUGAAGAUACUGCUGGACGUGCACGGGGACUUUGGAAGGAGGGCAGCGGCGGCGUCUGGGUCUGUCAGCGCCGUAUCAGGCCCUGUUUCGAAAGCACGGCCGGGGGUAGCGUAG